GACCACUGGUCCCUCCACCAGAACGACCCCAGGUCCUCACAGCUGGAACAUGAGCCGCUUUGUGACUCUCUCAACAGGGCAGAAGAUGCCCAUGGUCGGACUCGGCACAUGGAAGAGUGGCCCGGGACAGGUGAAGCAGGCCGUGUUGGCUGCUUUAGACUGCGGGUACAGACACAUUGACUGUGCUGCUGCGUACAGCAAUGAACUGGAGGUCGGAGAGGCUCUGGCUCUGAGGGUCGGACCUGGGAAGGCUCUGCUUCGUGAGGAGAUGUUUGUGACGUCCAAACUGUGGAACACCAAGCACGACCCGGAGGAUGUAGAAGAAGCCUGCAGGACCAGUCUAGCCCACCUGGGUCUCUCCUACCUGGACCUGUACCUGGUGCACUGGCCCAUGGCAUUUCAGCCGGGGAAAGAGCUGAUGCCUCGACGGGACGAUGGAAGUAUCUGUUACUCCGACACACACUACAGAGACACGUGGACAGCCAUGGAGAGUCUGGUGGAUAAAGGUUUGGUCCGGGCAAUAGGGCUGUCCAACUUCAGUGCCAGGCAGACUGAUGACAUCAUCAGCGUGGCCAGACACAAACCUGUGAUGAACCAGGUGGAAUGUCAUCCUUAUUUGUCCCAAGCUGAUCUCCUGUCACACUGUCGGUCAGUGUCAGUGUGUGUGACAGCCUACAGUCCCCUGGGCAGUGGGGACAGACCCUGGGCCUCCCCCGACCAACCAAGUCUGCUGGAGGAUCCUCGACUGGCAGCCAUCGCCCAGAGAUACCAGAAGACACCUGCCCAGGUCAUUCUCAGGUGGCACGUUCAGAGAGGAGUGGUGUGCAUCCCCAAAAGCGUGACGCCCUCCAGGAUCCAGCAGAACUUGCAGGUGUUUGAUUUUUCCCUGACGGAUGACGACAUGAAGCUGAUUGAAUCCUUCAACCGAAACGAGCGCUUCAUCGUCCCAACAGUCGAGCGGGAUGGUAAGAAAGUGUGGAGAGAUGCAGAACAUCCUCAUUUCCCCUUCCAUGACUCUUACUGAGUUCAUCCCCACCGACUACAAUACUGUUUUUAAUGAUCAUUGUCUCAUACAGUAAGAAAGCUAUUUUUUAAAUUAAAAUAUAAUUUCCCUCUUUAAGAUCAAUAACAAUUUAUUGACUUAACUUUUCGGUAACAUUGUUGGUUACAUAUUUUCCAGCCAAUUCUUUACUUUAAAUUGCAAUGAACAAUAAAGAGAUUAUUCCAACACA